AAAAAAAAAUAAAAAUAACAAGGAUUCCAACUGUCGGUGAGAGAGAGAGAGAGAGAGAGAGAGAGAGAAAGAUGAUGAAUGGUGGUGCUUUGACACGUCUUGCUUUCAGCGUCGCCACCUUCCUCCUCCUCACCGUUGUUCGCAGCCAGGAGACAUGCAGCAAAACAUGCAUUGCUCAGAACUGCAAUACUAUCGGCAUUCGCUAUGGGAAGUAUUGUGGGAUAGGAUACACUGGCUGCCGUGGAGAGCCACCUUGUGAUAAUCUUGAUGCUUGUUGCCUAACACAUGACAAUUGUGUUGAUUUAAAAGGUAUGACUUAUGUUAACUGCCAUAAGCAAUUCAAGCGUUGUGUAAACAAGGUAAACAGAUCAGUCAAACAAUCUAAUGGCACAAAGGUUGGAUUCUCCACCCAAUGCCCUUAUUCGGUGGUGAUACCAACCAUGUACAAUGGAAUGGACUACGGCAUUUUCUUCAGUGGCAUCGGUAAUAUCCUUGAACCUCCGUCCCCGGGAAAGGGCCGUGUUGUGGAGGUUAAUCUUGCUCAGAGUGGUGCGAACACAAAGGGUGGUCUUGGAACAAAAGUUGACAUUCAGACAAAGGAAGGCUCCAAAGUCUCUGCCUCUUUAAAUUAAGAUGAACCCUUGGCCAUAACUCUCUCCCAACUUGGUAUAUUUAUGUAACUGCAGGACUAUGAGAGCUUUCCAAGUUACACUAAUUUAUAAUUAGUAGAGUGACAUAUGUAUGUUAUAUGUUAUUUUAAUACUCUUCUUGUUUAGAUGUGGGGGUGUCUAACAAAGUCAUAUAACUAUAGAGAAAAUGAAAUGUAACUAUGAUGCCAUGUUCUAUGGAUUCGAAGUUUUGCUAAAUU